CGAUACCAUCGAUACAAACAACACAAACAAGUCUUUCCUUUUUCCGGUUGUUUUCAGUUAAUGACAACACGUUUUGAUUGUUUGUGUAAUCAAAUUGUGUGAUAAAAAGUGUGGUCAACACUACAACACCAACCGAUAACCAAAUGGCCCGAUACUCGACCGAUCCCGAGAACCCGACCCGAUCGUGCAAAGCGAAGGGCAGUAAUCUGAGGGUACACUUCAAGAACACCCGCGAGACGGCUCAGGCCAUCAAACGGAUGCCACUGUUGAGAGCCCAACGAUACCUGAAGAAUGUUAUCGCCAAGAAAGAGAUCGUACCGUUUCGCCGAUUCAAUGGCGGUGUCGGCCGUAAGGCACAGAUGAAAGCAUUUUCGGGUACAACUCAGGGCCGAUGGCCGGAAAAGUCGGCCGAAUUUCUGUUGCAAUUGUUGCGCAAUGCCGAAAGUAAUGCCGACUAUAAGGGUCUGGAAGUGGAUAAGCUGGUGAUUGAGCACAUCCAGGUUAAUCGGGCACCGAAAAUGCGUCGCCGAACCUAUCGAGCCCACGGCCGUAUCAAUCCGUAUAUGAGCAGUCCGUGUCAUAUUGAGGUUAUACUGUCGGAGAAGGAACAAGUGGUGGCCAAAGCCCCGGCCGACGAUGCAGAGUCACCCAAGAAGAAGAUGUCGAAGAAAAAGAUGGCCCGACAGAAGCUCAUGCAAAGAGAGUAAUAAUAAAAACGGAUGAAAUGAUUAUUAUUUAGUAGACAUUAUUAAUUGGUUGUCAUUUAACUGAUCCAUACCUUAAAAAUGUAUUUUGAAAAUGAAAAAGUUAUGAUUGAAUUGAUUGAAUAAAAAUUAAUAUGUUU